CUAGCUCGAGGCAUGAACAAUAAUGAUUGUUGGUGUGGGUUGACUCGUCAUCCGUUCGUCCGAUCUCGUCGGGUGGGAGAGAACCUGUGAAAGAGCCGGGGUUGCCCCCCGGAUUAAGCUCCGACGAUCAAGUCAGUGUCUGUUUGUGGAGAGAGUUGAGAGAAUAGAUAGAGAGAUAAAGUGUAGAGAGAUAGGAGAAAGUGGAAAGUCAGGGGAGAGGGAAGAACUCCCCUUUCUUGGUGGGUUUCGUACCUUUAUAUACUCGUAGCGGGUUUCAAUUGUUAGGGGUGUUACUAAGAUACUCCGCUCACAGACUAAGUAAGACCACGUCCAAUCGACAACAUAUGGCGCUCGAAACCCGCUACGAGUAUAUAAAGGUACGAAACCCACCAAGAAAGGGGAGUUCUUCCCUCUCCCCUGACUUUCCACUUUCUCCUAUCUCUCUACACUUUAUCUCUCUAUCUAUUCUCUCAACUCUCUCCACAAACAGACACUGACUUGAUCGUCGGAGCUUAAUCCGGGGGGCAACUCCGGCUCUUUCACAGGUUCUCUCCCUCCCGACGAGAUCAGACGAACGGAUGACGAGUCAACCCACACCAACAAUCAUUAUUGUUCAUGCCUCGAGCUAGUAGGUACAAACAAUUGGCGCCCACCGUGGGGCAGAUUUGGUCAUUCGUCCGUUCGGUCUCAGCAAAAAGGAGGAGAUAUGUGAAAACGGAGGAUGAUUGAAGCUGAACAGAAAAGAGAAAGAAGAAAAGUUUCAGAUCUGGCGACUUUCGGGGGAAGAAACAGAAAGCUCGAAAUCCUUCUUCUUUCAUAAUGACGAGCAGCAGCAGCAAACUGCAGAGGCGAGCAACAGAAGAAAAAAAAAAAGAGCUAGCACUGUAGCCGAUUCAUCAUUCUCAUACUCAGCCUCGACGAUGACGACCGCAGCCUCCUCAGUGAGCUCCGAAAUCCUGCAAAAUAGCAAACCAAAGCAGCAACAUAACCUCUAGAAACACAUCUGAUAAAGUUGGAGAGAAAAACAGGAGAGCAAGAAAUUUCCAGAUUCCAACCGCCGGAGACAGAUCCGACACCGGAGCUCCGGCAAGAACAAAGGAAAAUGGCGCCAUCACGAUUCACGAGUUGUUGUCAAGUCAAUUCUCAUUUCACUGCUACUCCACAGUACGCAGACCCGCUGCUCAAAAAGGUCUCAGUCAAACCUUCUCUCUUCCUGUCAAGAGGAAAACACGGGCACAGUUUUCGAGCAACCUUGUGGGGUCCAGGUUGGGAAAGACAGAAUGCCGAAAAACAAGAGUGCUCGGUGAACAACUAUAGGGGAUGGCGGCGCUCGUUACCAAACGAAACCACUCCGUUUUCUCCGCCAUCUCCACCUCAUCAACGGGAGCGCGAAAAGCCGGCAUCGCGCAUCCCAAGUCCAGCAUAGUGCUUUUGCCCUCUCCGUGCACUCUGCACUCUCCACCCCUGACUCUAUUCUUACCGGCGCCCAGUUGUAAUUCAGCUUCUCGGCGCGGUCGUGUAAUGGGCUUUGUCCGCCUGAUCACUCCUCUCAUUCGCGCUUCCAGCUACUCCUCGUUUACGCCUAUAAGCGGCAUCCGCUCCUGCCUCUGCUUUACUCACUGCCGCCACUUCUCUCUUUUUCUUCCCGACAAGUUCCUCUGCUCCCAACGAUCACCACCGUUGUUGUCGCUCUCCCGCUUCCAGCACAAGCACUGAUCACCGCCUCACCCUCCGUCAAAAUCACGAUCGCCAACCUGAUCCGAGCCGCGCGGAACUCCAACUAAGGCGACAAAAUCUUAUGCGGCUUUGUCUAGCGUCGCACCGCAGUCAAUCGUUCCACCCACACCUCCUUCUUAGAACAAGCGGAUCCGCCAAAGCACAACUCGAACUGGUUGCGCAACUCGACUACGGCGCUCUGUGUCUCUCCAACGGUUGCGCGACUAUCCCAUUCCUACUGGCGCCCACCGCCAUUCGACUCUCACCCGACCUCCACCUUCUCUGCCUUGCCUCAAAUCCCGUUAACUCUACCGCCGUUUGUUCCGCGCCUCUAAGGUCAAAGGAGAACAACAACAACAACAAAAAAAAAGGGAGAAAGAGGGGAGAAAGACCGUCUGGCACCCACGCCCUCUCCCCACUCGCGGACCGCCCCAAGCCGCCUCCAUCCAGUCCGCUCAAACUCGAGGCCCGCUGCUCCAUGGGCUCCGUCCGCUAGUGCAGGCCCGAAAUAUUCAGCAUCAACUAGACCCAAUCCGCUUCAAGACAUAGCAUUCUAUUUUUUUUUUUUAAACAAAAUUUUGUGCUUCCGCCAGGGUUUGAACCCGCACCAGUGCAUCGCCCUUCAACUACACAAGCCAGUACAACACAAGGACAACUUGUAGGAUAAAGUCGCGGCAUCUUUUUUAUCAAGAAAACACCACGCUCAGCUCGCGGCCCGCUUCAAGUCUUACUCUCCACGUAUCCAACUCGCGGCCCAAGCAACACUCCGCUCGACCGCUCCACGUAUCCAACGCGCGGCCACAGUCAGGACGCCCUCGUUAAACGUCCGCGUAGAUGAAGCCCGAGUCAAAAAUAAAAUCGUCACCGCCAAUACUCGAACCUGCACCACUCUUCCGCGAGACAAGCAACAUUACUAGCAGGCUAUAACUCGAGUUGUAUUUCAAUGGCGCAGCGCCUGCCUUUCAACUACUCCUGCCGCCACUGCCAAUAUAAAGCUAAGUUCUCUAUCCCUCCAUCAUUAUUAAAUUUUUAAAAUAUUUUACGUUCCUAAGCGUUAAUGGCGCUAAUGGGGGGCAAGACACACCCAACAACGUGGGAGAUGAGAAACGCACCAAGCUCUUAACGCCUUGAAGACUCCAAACUGGGGGUUAAAACCCCGACGAGGAGAGGGCACAUUGCCUUGAAGACUCCAAACUGAGGGUUUUUAACCCCGACGAGGAGAACUCCAAACUGAGGGUUAAAAACCCCGACGAGGAGAACUCCAAACUGAGGGUUUUUAACCCCGACGAGGAGAACUCCAAACUGAGGGCUAAAAACCCCGACGAGGAGAGCUCCAAACUGAGGGUUUUUAACCCCGACGAGGAGAACUCCAAACUGAGGGUUAAAAACCCCGACGAGGAGAGGGCACAUUGCCUUGAAGACUCCAAACUGAGGGCUAAAAACUCCGACGAGGAGAACUCCAAACUGAGGGUUUUUAACCCCGACGAGGAGAACUCCAAACUGAGGGUUAAAAACCCCGACGAGGAGAGCUCCAAACUAAGGGCUAAAAACCCCGACGAGGAGAACUCCAAACUGAGGGUUUUUAACCCCGACGAGGAGAACUCCAAACUGAGGGUUAAAAACCCCGACGAGGAGAGGGCAACCACCACCAACUAUAAUCUGUUCUACCCAGCCACUACUGUGAGCAUGCAUGUCAUCCGCUUGCCGCAUAUUAAAAUGUCAUGACUUGGGCAUAUGACAAUUUGAAUCCGUCUCAUAGGGUAGUACUCGACCCGACUCGGAUAGUAUUCGACUCGCAGUAGUGUGAGACAGGUUAUGAGUACUAUUUCUACCCUGUCUCGUCCUAUCCGGGUCCCAUUCUUGACAUAUUUUACUUGGAUUUGUCUUAAAACCUAUUAUAUUUUGAAAAUUUCAUCUUUCAACUAAUUGGACUUAGUUAAUUUAACUUUCAUGUACUAUAACGUUACUAAACACAUCUACACUACAUAUCACGUCUUUUAUUGGAAACACCAUCCAAAAUCUUUUACUAACAAGGUCCAUUUAUACCGGGGGCGGACCCAGGGCACUUUGAGGGUGUCCGGGGACAACCCUAAAUUUUGGGAAAUUAUUUUUCAACCCCUGAUGGUAAUUUACGUAUGGACAAAAAAUUUAUAAUUGAUAUUGAGGGACACCCCUGAAAUUUGAAAAAAAUGAUUAUGCUACUCACAUUUUUUAAAUUGCGUAUGGGAAUAUUAAGUGGUAGUUUGAAUAACUCAAACCUAGGACACAAUUAUUAUUAGUCAACAUAAUUUCCAUUAGGCUACAACUCAUUUAUUGUUUGAUUUUAAACACUGCGUAAUAGUAAAAUGUCAUUUCCUAU